AUGGCGGCAGCGGCAGCGGCAACCUGGAGCAGCGUCUUCCCCGUCGCCGACGCGCGGUCGGCUCGUGUAAUCACCACGGGUUGCACACUGCGCGAGCGGGAAGCCCUGCUGGCCUUCAAGAAGGGCAUCAACGACACUGAGGACGACCUCGUGUCGUGGCACGAGGGGAACCAAGAUUGCUGCCGAUGGGAAGGCAUCACCUGUGACAACGCAACCGGCCAUGUCGUGGGGCUUGACCUAGGCUUCUGGACUUCUUUCUUGGCCGACCAGAUAAGUCCUUCCUUACUUUCUCUUGAGCACUUGGAGAGCCUCAGCCUCCAGUACUCGGGGCUGUGCGACGAUGCACAUCAUAUUCCAGAGUUCCUGGGUUCUUUCAAGAAUUUGACACAUCUCACUCUCUUCGGCAUGCUUUGCCAUGGCGAAGCGCCUCCUCACCUCGGCAACCUGUCGAAGCUGGAGCAUCUCGUCCUCUCCGCCCCCGCUACCAGCAAAGAGAGGGACCUAAAAGAUAUCUCAUGGUUAACCCGUUUACCUCUCUUGUCAUAUCUUGACUUGAGCUAUUUGGACCUCAGCUCAGUUGUUGAUUGGCCUCUUGUGGUGAGCAUGAUCCCCUCCUUGGAGUACCUCGACCUUUCUAACUGCUCACUUCCAAGUGCAGCCCGGUCCCUCCCACACCUAAACACCACAAAUCUUAAGCACCUUGACCUCUCCCGUAACUACUUUGGCCAUCCGGUUGCAUCCUGUUGGUUUUGGAACAUAACAAGCGUCGAGUACCUCGACCUCUCAAAUACCACUCUAUAUGGUCCAUUUCCUGAUGCACUGGGAAAUAUGACCUCCUCCAGUGGCUAG